AUGGAGGAAGAUAUACCCCAAUUAGUCAUUGAUUUACCAAAAGAUGGAGCUUUUGAGACAGAAAAGGUAACCAUGGACCCCCAGCCAUCGUUGAACCUGACCACAGUUUCGUCAACCAAAAAAAUUCCCAUCACCAUAGUUACAGGAUAUCUUGGAUCGGGCAAAUCCACCUUGCUCAAGAAGAUCGGAGAAAAGUCAAACAAGAGAUUAGCUAUCAUUUUGAAUGAGUUUGGUGACUCCUCAGUUAUUGAAAAGUCUGUCACAAUACAAGAUCAGAACGAAAGCGUUCAAGAAUGGCUAGAUAUAGGGAACGGUUGUUUAUGCUGCACAGUGAAGGAUAAUGGAGUCACAGCAAUUGAAAAUUUAGUGGAAAAUUCAAGAGACAAAAUUGAUUAUAUUUUGUUGGAGACUACAGGCAUUGCCGAUCCCGCGCCAAUUGCCAAAAUGUUUUGGCUCGAUGAAGGACUAGCGUCGAAUAUAUAUAUUGAUGGUGUGGUAACUGUUGUCGAUUCGGGGAAUAUUCUCACUUGUUUGAAUGACGUUGGUGGACAUUGGCAUAGGGAACAUGAUUUGGAACCCGUUGAAGAAGGUGUGACAACUGCUCAUUUACAAGUUGCGUUGGCUGAUGUGAUUCUAUUGAAUAAAUCAGACAAGGUCAAAGAUCUGGACGAGAUAAUAACCAGGAUAAGAAGUAUAAACCAAACCGCUCCCAUAUAUCCCACAAGCUUUGGUGAUAUUGAUCUUAGCAAGAUCUUGGAUUUACACGCUUUUGAAGCAAAUACCCAGGUUUCGGAGCCCACAGCAUCGUUUCACGAUGGAAGAAUCACGACCAUCACUAUAGAUUUCCCCUUUCUCGAAAAUGAUAGCGGAUUUGACAAAAUUGAAAAGUUUCUUCAAUACGUUUUAUGGGAAAAUAAAGUCAAUGGUAAGGAUGUUGAAAUCCAUCGGUUAAAGGGAGUCUUGGUGCAUAAAGACGACGUUAGAGUCGUUCAAGGUGUCAGAGAAACUUAUGAAAUUAUAGAAGGUGGUAAACUACUAGACGAAAUAAAGCAAAACAAGUUGGUAUUUAUAGGUAAAGAUUUAGAUCAUGACGACUUAAUGGUAGAAUUACAUAGGUUCAUACAGUGA